GGCUGCGCCCGGCCGGAGCGCGCAGGGCAGCGGCGCCAUGCCCACCAACUUCACCGUGGUGCCCGUGGAGGCGCGCGCCGACGGCGGCGUGGAUGAGGCGGCCGGGCUGGCGGAGGCGCCGGGGGUCCCCGAGGGCGCGGAGCCCGACUGCCCCAGCCCGGGAGAUGGGAACCCCAGGGAGAGCAGCCCUUUCCUCAGCAGCGUGGAGCUGGAGAGAGAGAGUCACUUGGAAGGGAAGAACAUGGCGCUCUUUGAGGAGGAGAUGGACAGCAACCCCAUGGUGUCCUCCCUGCUGAACAAGCUGGCCAACUACACCAACCUGAGCCAGGGCGUGGUGGAGCACGAGGAGGACGAGGACAGCCGCCGCAGGGAGGCCAAGGCCCCGCGCAUGGGCACCUUCAUCGGCGUCUACCUGCCCUGCCUGCAGAACAUCCUGGGGGUCAUCCUCUUCCUGCGCCUGACGUGGAUCGUGGGCGCGGCCGGCGUGCUGGAGUCCUUCCUCAUCGUCUCCCUGUGCUGCACCUGCACGAUGCUGACCGCCAUCUCCAUGAGUGCCAUCGCUACCAAUGGUGUGGUCCCAGCUGGAGGUUCGUACUACAUGAUAUCCCGCUCACUGGGGCCUGAGUUUGGAGGGGCCGUGGGUCUCUGCUUCUACCUGGGCACCACCUUUGCAGGCGCCAUGUACAUCCUGGGCACCAUUGAGAUCUUCUUGACCUACAUCUCCCCCAGCGCGGCCGUCUUCCAGGCCACGGAGGCGGGCGGCGAGGCCGCGGCGCUGCUGAACAACAUGCGCGUGUACGGCAGCUGCACGCUGGCCCUCAUGGCCAUGGUGGUCUUCGUGGGCGUGAAGUACGUCAACAAGCUGGCCCUGGUCUUCCUGGCCUGCGUGGUGCUCUCCAUCCUGGCCAUCUAUGCCGGUGUCAUCAAGACGGCCUUCGACCCGCCCGACAUCCCGGUCUGCCUCCUCGGGAACCGCACCCUUGCAAAGCGCAGCUUCGAGGCCUGUGCCAAGACGCACAUCGCCAACAACGGCACGGUGACCACCGCGCUCUGGAGCCUCUUCUGCAACAGCUCCAGCCCCAGCGCCUCCUGCGACGAGUACUUUGUGCAGAACAAUGUCACUGAGAUCCAGGGCAUCCCUGGUGUGGCCAGCGGUGUCCUCCUGGAUAACCUGUGGAGCGCGUACUCGGACAAGGGGGCAUUUGUGGAGAAGGAGGGCGUGCCGUCCGUGCCUGUGUCCGAGGAGAGCCGCGCCAGCGGGCUGCCGUACGUCCUCACGGACAUCAUGACCUACUUCACCAUGCUUGUGGGCAUCUACUUCCCCUCCGUGACGGGUAUCAUGGCAGGAUCCAACCGUUCCGGGGACCUCAGGGACGCCCAGAAGUCCAUCCCCACAGGGACCAUCUUGGCCAUUGUAACCACGUCUUUUAUCUAUCUCUCCUGCAUAGUGCUUUUUGGGGCCUGCAUUGAAGGCGUGGUCUUGCGAGAUAAGUUUGGGGAAGCCCUGCAAGGGAACCUGGUCAUCGGCAUGCUGGCCUGGCCGUCCCCCUGGGUCAUUGUCAUCGGCUCCUUCUUCUCCACCUGUGGUGCUGGCCUGCAGAGCCUGACGGGGGCGCCCCGUCUGCUGCAGGCUAUCGCCCGUGAUGGCAUCGUCCCCUUCCUGCAGGUGUUCGGACAUGGGAAGGCCAACGGGGAGCCCACCUGGGCCCUGCUGCUCACAACCCUCAUCUGUGAAAUGGGCAUCCUCAUUGCCUCCCUGGACAGUGUGGCCCCCAUCCUGUCUAUGUUCUUCCUUAUGUGCUACAUGUUUGUGAACCUGGCCUGCGCCGUGCAGACCCUGCUGCGAACGCCCAACUGGCGUCCACGCUUCAAGUUCUACCACUGGACGCUGUCCUUCCUCGGCAUGAGCCUGUGCCUGGCCCUGAUGUUCAUCUGCUCCUGGUACUAUGCCCUCUUCGCCAUGCUCAUCGCCGGCUGCAUCUACAAGUACAUCGAGUACCGCGGGGCUGAGAAGGAGUGGGGAGACGGCAUCAGGGGCCUGUCUCUGAACGCUGCCCGCUACGCCCUACUGCGCCUGGAGCACGGGCCACCCCACACCAAGAACUGGAGGCCCCAGGUGUUGGUGAUGUUGAACCUGGAUGCUCAGCGCUGUGUGAAGCACCCCCGCCUGCUGUCCUUCGCCUCACAGCUGAAGGCCGGCAAGGGCCUCACCAUCGUGGGCUCAGUGCUGGAGGGCACUUACCUGGACCAGCACCUGGAGGCCCAGCAGGCUGAGGAGAACAUCCGGUUCCUGAUGGGCCUGGAGAAGACCAAGGGCUUCUGCCAGCUGGUGGUGUCCUCCAACCUGCGGGACGGCACGUCGCACCUGAUCCAGUCGGCCGGCCUGGGGGGCAUGAAGCACAACACGGUGCUCAUGGCCUGGCCCGGGUCCUGGAAGCAGGAGGACAACCCUUUCUCCUGGAAGAACUUUGUUGACACUGUCCGCGACACCACAGCGGCCCAGCAGGCCUUGCUGGUAGCCAAGAACAUCGACUUGUUCCCGCAAAACCAGGAACGCUUCAGCGAGGGGAGCAUCGACGUGUGGUGGAUAGUGCAUGACGGGGGCAUGCUCAUGCUGCUGCCCUUCCUGCUGCGCCAGCACAAGGUGUGGCGGAAGUGCCGGAUGCGCAUCUUCACAGUGGCCCAGGUGGACGACAACAGCAUCCAGAUGAAGAAGGACCUGCAGGUGUUCCUGUACCACCUGAGGAUCAGCGCCGAGGUGGAGGUGGUGGAGAUGGUUGAGAACGACAUCUCUGCGUUCACCUAUGAGAAGACCUUGGUGAUGGAGCAGAGGUCCCAGAUGCUGAAGCAGAUGCAGCUGUCCAAGAACGAGCGGGAGAGAGAGGCCCAGCUGAUCCACGACAGGAACACUGCGUCCCAUGCCGCGGCGGCCACCAGGCCCCAGGCCCUGUCGGUGCCCGACAAGGUGCAGAUGACCUGGACGAAGGAGAAGCUGAUUGCGGAGAAGCACAGGAGCAAGGAGGCCAGCACCCCUGGGUUCAAAGACCUCUUCAGCCUGAAGCCGGACCAGUCCAACGUCAGGAGGAUGCACACGGCCGUGAAGCUCAAUGGGGUCGUCCUCAACAAGUCCCAGGACGCCCAGCUGGUCCUGCUGAACAUGCCGGGGCCCCCAAAAAACCGGCAGGGGGAUGAGAACUACAUGGAGUUUCUUGAGGUCUUGACCGAGGGGCUGAACAGGGUGCUUCUGGUCAGGGGCGGUGGCCGGGAGGUCAUCACCAUCUACUCCUAAGGCCUGAUGACGGUGGGCAUGCCAGAUGGGGUGAGGACGGUGCCAGCCCAACUCAGACUGACAGAUGUCACUCAGGCCACCUGACCUGCUGCACCUGGCUUCCUACAGAAGUUUCUAGAGCCACCACCUGGGCUCCCUCCACACAGAAGACAUUCUAGGAAGUACUGAGAGGGGCCGCGAGUGACUGGAGAGCCCCCUGUAUCCGUCCAGGGCAGAGCUCCAUGUACCCAGCAACCUGGGGUUGACCAGUGUCCACUGCCCAGCCUCAGCCAGACUGUGACUUCGCAUGUCAUUGACACCCCACACAGAACACUUAUGGCAAAGCAUGCUUGUCCCCUGGGCCAAGGGCAGAAUGUCAGUGUGGCCGUGGGGCUCCGUGCCUCCCAGUCUCCCAUGAACAGCUGGGCCAGUGCACACUGGGCAGGGUGCUGAACAGAGCCUGCGUCCCGGUGGGGUGUGAGUGCCAGCUGGUCCCUCCUGGGCUCCCCUGCCGAGCUGCGGCUGUGUGGGGGUCCCAGCUGCUCUUCGUAAGCACCCACAGGGCCCUGCCAGUGUGCGCCUGGGCGGCGGGGGCCUGCUGCCCUGAGUGGGGGUGUGCGGGACCUAAGAGCCGGGAACUCUGCACAUGGCCCACGUGCAGAGUGGAGUGCCGUCCCACCCCUUGCCCUGUGAAGGAGAAGGCAGCCUCAGCUGGACGAGCCCCCUGCUGGGCGUGGGCCCCGUGCGGUGAGGCAGCAACAGCUGGGCACCCUCACCACCUGCUGCUGGUUCGCACUUUACCUUGGAGCUUUCCGGUUCUAGGUCAGCUGUGUGGGCAGGCUGUGGGCUCACUUGGCCUUGCUGGCCUCGCUGCCCGCUGCGUGGGUUAUUUAUUUAUUUAAACACCCUGGGGCCUUUUGGGGGCGACCCCACUGUCCACAGAGCUUGCUUCCUCAGAGGUCCCACACUCAGGCCCUGGGCUGUCUCUGGCUUCCAGGGCUCCCUAGCGAAUAAGCCCGUCCACAGAGUCCAGGUCAGGGCAGAGGCACUGUAGGGCACAGGGAGGGUCAGCUCGCCAGUGACCACUGUUCGGCUCAUGUCCCACACAGGCAGUGGGCCUGCCCGCUGAGGGCCGCCAGAGCAGAGCCGUGUGGAAGGCCCCUGCCUCGUCCCAGGAAGGGCCAGGGGACCUGGGCUGCAGCUCCGCCCUGGCCGGCUUUUCCUUUGUGAACCUGCCUUGUCACUGCAGCCAUCCAAAAUCGACUUCAUGGUUUCCUUUUAUAGAUUCCUUGUCUUUGUCUGAUUCUGUUUGUAGAAUAAAGUCCUAUGAAACCUGA